GUUUUCAUGCCGUGCCCCGUCAAAUGGAUCCUCUUUCCUCAGCGGCGAGUGUUAUCGCGGUUAUUCAAUUGACUGGAAGCCUCGUGAAGCUUUGCGGAGGCUACAUUCAAGAGGUGAAGUAUGCGCGGCACGAAAUUUCCACCUUGCAACAGGCGAUUACAGGCCUCCAAGGGACACUCCAAGACCUGCAUAAAUUCCUCCGAAGCAACGAAGGAAAGGUUCUACCAACCUCCUCACGACUAGUCAGCAAUGUGACCGAUUGCCUCUGCGACCUCCGAGCCUUAGAAGCCACAUUUGAUCCGGGAAAGAAAAAAAAGCUGAUGAGGAAAGUGGGAUUGCGAGCCUUAAGGUGGCCCCUGAAGCGCGUAGAGAUGGAAGGCGUUAUUCAGAACCUCGGGAGACAUAAAUCUUCAUUCCUCUUAUCUUUACAGGUGGAUCAGACAAUACAUAGUGUUCUUAUGGUCAGCGUCGCUCAGGAUAUGGAUUUUGUGAAGUUGGAAGGUGCGAUAAAGGCAGGUUUUGAGUUAUUCUCCGAUCGAGACGAAGUCCAAAGUCUCCAAGGCACUCGGACCGAGCUCCUCUAUCAGAUAAUGGACUGGGCUAUAUCGCCGUCCCAAAAAUGCGUUUUCUGGUUAAAGGGAAUGGCUGGGACAGGAAGAUCCAUAAUAUCUCGGAUUGUGGCAAGGUUGCUUAAGAACACCAAUUAUCUAGGUGCUAGCUUCUUCUUUAAGAGGGGUGAAGUAGACCGAGGGAACGCGAAGAAGUAUUUUCCUCCACUAACAAGGCAACUAAUGCUCAGGAUUUCUGGGCUGAGGUCUGGCGUGCAAAAGGCACUCCGAGGUGACCCUGACAUUGCAUCAAAGUCGCUCAGUGAGCAGUUUGAGAAACUACUCCUUCAACCGCUGCUCAACCUUGACCAACUUGAUCGACAACCUCAACCCGCUAUGAUAGCGAUCGAUGCCUUGGGCGAGUGUGAACAUGAUCAAGAUAUCCGAAACAUAAUUCGAUUACUGCCUCUUCUGCCUGAACUCCCAAUCAACCUCGGCUUUUCCGACAUCGCGGAUCAUGAAUAUCAGGACCUAGCUCUUCAUGAGAUAUCCGAAGAAGUAACAGAACACGAUAUACACUUAUUCCUACAACAUCAAUUUACGAAGAUCAAACACGACAGGAAUAUUUCUGAACACUGGCCCGGCGAUGACGUUAUACAGAAAUUGGUCACUAUGUCCGUUCCAUUGUUUAUUUCGGCUGCAACCGUAUGCCGUUACAUCGGAAAUUCAAAGUGGGAACCUAAAUUGCGCCUUGCAGAGCUUCUUACGGACCAAGCUAAAUACGUGUCGAGAAUGGACAAGACAUACCUGCUAAUUCUGACACGACUUCUCGGCGAUCAAGAGUGUGAUGAAUCGGAGCAGAAGCAGCUCCUGAGCGACUUCCAGGAAAUAGUCGGUGUUAUCAUCCUUCUUGCUGUUCCACUUUCUAUUAAUUCACUGUCAAUGUUUCUUGGGAUAGGAACAGACCAGAUCAGCAAUCAAUUGGAUUUAUUCCGCUCUGUUAUGAGUAUUCCCGGUGACCGAGAUCAGCCUGUUAGAAUUAUGCAUCUAUCGUUUCGGGAUUUUUUGGUCCGGUCAAGCAGCACGUUUUUUGUGGAUGAGCGAAGAAAGCACAAAGACAUUGCUAAGUCCUGUCUCAAAACGAUGCAUAGUCAUCUAGAGAAAGAUAUCUGUAAUCUCGCAGACCCUGGAGCGUGUAGGGCAGACAUUGACCCCAAACAUAUCCGCCAAUAUCUACCUACUCUUGUCGCUACUGGAUACACCAUUUCGAACAAAGGCGACGAUAAGUCUGUAAUAUCGAAUUAUCUGCACGAUGGAAUACGCUUUGUUCUGAAAAACCGCCAGAUAGCCGACGAAGCACCGCUCCAAAUUUAUUAUCUAGGGCCAGUCUUUACACCUCGAACGACAAUAAUUUGUAGAGAGUUCAUAUCGGAGCUUCCAAGUUGGAUAUGCCAGUUCUCACAAGUCAAUGAAAAGUGGAGUGCAGAAUUACAGACUCUCGAGGGGCAUUCGGGCUCGGUUCACUCGGUGGCCUUCUCGCCCGACGGCCGGCUGCUGGCGUUCGGCUCUGACGAUCACACCGUGCGGCUCUGGGACACGGCGACGGGCGGCCUGCAAGAGACCUUGACCACUAAGGGAAUCAUCAACGAACUCGACUUUUUUCAAGACGGUUCAUAUCUAAUCACCAAGUUAGGCACCCUUAAUGUUCAAUCCGGGCACGAAAAUCUCGCUUCUAAUUCAACCCAUAAGAAUCGGGAGAUCUUCAUUGAGCAAGGACGGUGGAUAAACAUGAGCGGCAAAAAUGUACUCUGGCUUCCUCCUGACUUUCGGCCUACGUGUUCCGCUAUUAAUGGGGAUUCACUUGCCUUAGGACACGCAUCAAGGCGUGUUUCUUUCAUACGAUUUCGUCUAUAG